AUGCCUCCAAAACGCGCCAGCAAGAAGGAAACAAUAAACAAGGCUGGCACAACUCCCAAGAGGAAAUCUCGUUCCACCAAAAAAUCACAAAACAAUAUUGUUGCUGAUGAUAUGGUGGAUCAGGAUUUUUAUGUUAAUUUGUGGGGACAGGAAGUGAAUGAAGAUUUAAUGCAAUAUAUUUUGGAUUUUGUUCCGGUUUAUCCUGAUCAAUUGAAUAUGAGAGCUGUAAAUAGAUUUUGGAAGAAUAAUUUGGAGAAGGUAUUCUUUCCAAAGGUGAAGGUUCUUGAUUUGUUGACCAGAGAAAAGUAUCAAAUUGAAAAGUUUAAAAGUACCAAGUUGAAACAGAUGGCCGGUUAUUUUCCAAAUUUUACCAAGUUGAGAGUUUGUCAAAGUGGAUGGGAAAUAUUCUUUCAACAACCUAACAAGAUUGAAACCUUUGAAUUUUUUGAUUUGGAAUGCGUUGCAGUAGCAACAGGAUUUAUGGACCUAUUGAAUCUAUUAAUGGAGUGUCACAAAAAGAGUAAACAUCCCUCCUAUCUAAAGACUAUUAAUAUUUAUGGAUCAACUGAAAAUGAUGGUUAUUACUAUUACAAUCAUAAUAACAACCUAAUUAAUUAUAUUAAUGGAAAACCCAAGAAGAACGAAAUACCUAUGAGUUCUCUAGAAUCUAUUAAUUUAAAGUAUCAUAAUGUAGCUUCAAAUAUAUUGUCAAGGUUCUCCAAUGUAAAGUCUGAGAAACCCAUCAAUGAAUACGAUAAUGUAUUAGAGUAUUGGGACAUGCUGGUUUAUGAGGAAAAUAUUAACUGGAAUCUACUGCACCCAUUCAAGAUUGUGGACUCUUUGAAAAAUGAUGAGUUGUUUGAUAUAAUUAUUGAAUAUGCAAAAGCUCAGGAAAUUCCUGUAAAAUUGUCUAAUUUCGAAAGUGAAUUAUAUAGUAAUGAUUUAACAUUUAAUGAGUUUUACAAAAAGUUUGUUGAUAACAAUGAUCUAGAACCUCAUUUGAGAUACAAAAUGGAUAAUAUUAUGUUCAAUAGAAUAUUUAUACAUGGUAAUGAUCAUCUACUGAACCAAGUUAUAGAGAAUAAGUACAUUCCGCUAAUAAUAGAAAAUGCAACAAAUCCAUUGGCAAGUCUUAUUUCAAAUGAAAGAAUAUCCUUGUUUAAAAAAGCAUUAGAAAGAGAGCCCACUCUUAUUAAUUUGGGAAAUAGUAAUGGUAUAAUAGAGGGCACCAAGGCUGAUCUAAAUCUUUUUUAUGUUUUAUGUAAAUCAUACAGAUAUAGCUACAAUUCUCUUCCACUAGAUACUGCAAAGUUUUUAGUAGAGAUUGUAGGAGUUGACAUUAACUAUACCAGUCCAGAAGGAUCCCUAUUGAAUAGUUUCCCAACUACUAGUACACACCUUUUGCCGUUGUUUGAAACCAUUAAGCUGGAAACUUUGGAAAAGAAAAAUUCACAUGGGUUGGACACUAUAGAACAAUGGGCAAGCAGAUUAAAGUCAUAUGGUUCCUAUAAUGCUCUGGAAUUUUUAAAGUUUUUCAAUAAGAUUUACCAAAACAAUAACCAAGAAUUGAAACAUUAUAGAACCAGUGAUGGUGGUAAUCUUCUUCAUGUGCUCUCUAAAAGUUCAAUGGAUAUUAUAGAAUAUUGUAUUACCACUUUGGGAAUUGAUGUUACCCACAAGAAUAAUGAUGGUAUGCCAGCAUUGUUUGCAGUUGACAAAAAAGUAUUGGAAUCCACCUCAUUGCUUCAGAAACUAAAGAAGGAUUUGGAAGUCAGAGAUGCAAAAGGUAAAACUCUGCUCUGCAAGUCUUUAGAAAACUCAGAAAAUUUAAGCUAUAUGCUUGUUAAAGAGGGUUGUGACUUGGAAUAUGCUCUCUCCAAUUUAGAUGUUAAAUCAAAGUUUUUUGAAUUCAAGAAGGGAGAAUCCUUUAUUAAUGGAGCUAAAUUACUCUUGAUGGCUGCUUUUGAGCAAUCAAUAGAUUAUUUCCUUAUUUUUAAACAGAAUUUAGAAGUUUUAAAAAAUUGCCUUGAAAUUGAGAUUACAAUGAGUUCUGAUGAGAUUGGUGAAGUUACUACUACUCCUAUACAUGCAUAUUUAAUGCUUGGCAUUGAAAGUAGUACUAUUAUUGAUCUUGGCUUGAUUGGAAGAAAGAGCUAUAUUUUGAAUAGGGCUAUAUGGAGAGAUGUGUAUUUUUUUGAUGAAACAGAAGGCCGACUCAAUAAUGUUUCUCUUGCAGCAAAAAAUGGAUUCGGUUUCUUAGGUUAUAAGAAUGAGUAUUUGGAAGAGAAGAGUAGUAUUACUGAAUUGAAUUCUUGGAUGUUGGCUAUCAAAUACGGGCAUUACGAUGUAGCUAAAAACAUUAUUAAUUAUUUAGGUGCGUCAUUGGAAGAUUGCAAGUCUACUAUCAUUGAAAUUGCUACUGCAAACUUGCAAUAUCACAUUUUAGAGGAGAGCUUGAAGCAAAAGCUUAGUGAACGAAAUUUAGGACAAGAGGAUAAAAAAUUAAUUUCAGGUUAUAUAUUCAAUUUCACUGACUUUAGUAAUUUUUCAGAUUUAGAACCAUACAUUGAAGAUUUUAUUGAUUCUGAUAUUUUGGAACAAAAAUGUAUUGUACAAAUUGCGAAAAGAAAAGAAAAUAGUGAAUUACAAGAAUUUUUUAAUAGUCAUAUUAUCAGAAUCAAACCUUCUACUAUUAAGUUUGUUGGAAAAAUGUACAACACUAUUCAUGAACCAAUUACCUAUCAUUUAAGCAUGUUGGAAGUGUGUUUAUUGAAAGGUUAUCCUCUUAAAAAAGUUCAAGAAAAGUUGAAAACAGAAAAAGAGAUUCUUCAAUUCCUUUCGAGAAAGGAGAAGGAAUCAGAAAAGACAAUUAUGCACUUAAUGUGUGAUUGCUCUUUACCAAUUUAUUUCAAUGUUGGUCAGAGAGAGCUACAAUCCUUCAAAUAUUCAGUCAUUAUUUCCUUACUCUCCAAACUUUCUGCUGCCUCCAAAAAACAAGUAUUGAAUUUGUUAGACGCCAAUCAUGAAACUCCAAUAUUUUCUGCCAUCAGAAGUGAAUCAAAGAAUUUAAUCAAAUCACUUGCUCCAAAUACAGAUAUGAGUUUGAAAAAUUUAAAUGGAAAGAAUUGUCUAGAAAUUUCAUCACCAGAAAUUAGUGAAAUUCUCAUUCAAUAUGCCGAUAAAAAGACAUUGGCCUCCAAGAGACAAGUAGAUGAAGAACAAAAGAGCAGAAAAAAGAGAAAGUAGAUUCACAAAUUGUAUUUUACAAUCUUAAAACCUCAGUUAAACCAGAUUGUAAACCAUCAUCUUACCAAAAAAAAUCCAUUUAAUU